AUGUUUCGUCUCUUCUUCUUCCUUCUACUUCUUCCCACCGCUUACACAAUUUCUUUCCAAAUCACUCGCUUUGAAUCCAAUGCAAGCAACAUAAUAUACUUGGGAGAUGCAGCGCCUUCUGUCGGAGCCAUUGAGUUGGUCCACAGAUCUAAUUUUGUAGGCCGAGUCGGUCAAGCCAUCUAUUCUGAGAGGGUGCCUCUCUGGGACUUUGAUACAGGAAAACUCACUAACUUUAGCACACAUUUCUCCUUUGUUAUCGACACCCAACGUCGUGCUGAUUAUGGCGAUGGGUUAGCCUUCUUCUUGGCUCCUGUCGGGUUCGAAGUCCCUCUAAAUUCAGUUGGUGGAUUUUUAGGCCUAUUCAACACAUCAACCAGAGAUUCAUCUCAGAAUCAAAUUGUUCUUGUCGAAUUCGAUUCGUGCGUGAACACACUAUGGGAUCCUCAAUUUGAGCAUGUGGGGAUUAACAACAAUUCAAUUGCUUCUGCAAUACACACCCCCUGGAAUGCUAGCUUUCAUAGUGGGGAUACAGUUGAUGCAUGGAUCACUUAUAAUGCGUCGACGAAGAACUUGAGUGUCUCUUGGAAGUAUCGAACAACCCCUAAUCCUCAAGAGAAUACGAGUCUCGUUUAUGAAAUUGAUCUCAUGCGGGUUCUUCCAGAGUGGGUCAUAGUUGGAUUUUCAUCUGCUACAGGUCAAUAUGGAGAACGGAAUAUAAUUCGAUCAUGGGAAUUUAGUUCGAGUUUGGAAAGAAGAGGAAAGAAUGCAAACGAGAAGACUUUAGUGGUUGGUCUAACGGUUUCAGCCGGUGUUCUUAUAGCCGUAGCAAUUGUAACAUUUGUAAUAUUUUGGGCAUGGAAGGUAAAGAAAAGGGAAGACGAAACAAAUAAGAUGGCGAACUUGACAUCAAUAAAUGAAGACCUUGAGAGAGGAGCAGGACCAAGGAGAUUUUCUUACCGAUAUCUUGCUUUAGCCACCAACAAUUUUUCAAAUGACAAGAAGUUGGGAGAAGGAGGGUUUGGUGCCGUCUACAGGGGGUACUUAACUGAUUUGGAUAUAGCAGUUGCUGUGAAGAAAAUGUCAAGGGGGUCUAAACAGGGAAUAAAGGAAUACAUAACUGAGGUGAAAAUCAUUAGCAGGAUUAGACACAGGAAUCUGGUUCAACUCAUAGGAUGGUGCCAUGACAAAGGUGAGCUCCUACUUGUUUACGAGUUUAUGUCAAGUGGUAGCCUUGAUGUGCACUUGUUUGGCAAGAGGAGUCCUUUAACUUGGGCAGUGAGAUACAAGAUAGCUUCUGGGUUGGCAUCUGCGCUGCUUUAUCUCCAUGAAGAGUGGGAGCAAUGUGUCGUUCAUCGCGACAUCAAACCAAGCAAUGUCAUGCUUGAUUCUAGUUUUAAUGUGAAGCUUGGAGACUUUGGAUUGGCUCGGCUCAUAGACCACGAGCUAGGUCCUCAGACAACUGGAUUGGCUGGAACGUUAGGCUAUAUGGCUCCAGAAUACAUAGCUACUGGUAGGGCUAGUAAAGAAUCAGACGUAUACAGUUAUGGUGUGGUUGCAUUAGAAAUUGCUACAGGAAGAAAGUCAAACGACCCUCCGGAGAAGGAUUCAGCAAUGGGGUUGGUAGAGUGGGUUUGGAAUCUUUAUGGAAGUGGAAGGCUUCGUACUGCGAUUGAUAAUAGAUUGCAUAUUGAAUUCGAGGAGAAGCAGAUAGAGUGUUUAAUGAUUGUUGGACUAUGGUGUGCUCAUCCUGAUCGAAGUCUUAGGCCGUCAAUAAGGCAAGCAAUUCAUGUUCUUAAUUUCGAGGCUACAAAACCAGAUCUUCCAUUGAGGAUGCCUGUUCCUCUGUAUCAUAUCCCUACACCGUCAGUUAGCUCCGGCGAACCUUUAAUAACUACUAGUCUAGAAGACGGUCGUUGAAUGUGUGAACAGCGAACCAUCUUUAAUUUGUCAACCUAUGUAUGGG